AUGGAGCCGAAGAUCUCACCUGAGCUUGCCGACAGCUCUAUUCCUGCGAAUGUGGACAUCGCGCCAGCUGAUCCCCGAGUGAUAGGGCUGUAUGGCGUGUCCGGCUGCAGCAAGUCAUACCUGAUGAAACAACUCAAGCAGGAGCUGGGCGAGUCGGAUUUCCAGUACUUUGAAGGGUCUGAGGUAAUCAACGCUGUGACUGUUGGUGGGCUCAACGCUUUCAAGAAGCUAGAUGAGCACCAGAAAAACCAGAUUCGCAAACUUGCCAUCAACAAGAUCAAGUCGGCAUGCGCCCAGAGUAGCAACGUCAGUAUUGUGACCGGGCAUUUUAUGUUCUGGGAUGAUGAAGCAAGCGAACAGCCGUUGAGGGUUUGUACUCAGGCAGACUUAAAGACUUAUACACACGUCCUGUACGUCAACACACCUGUGGAAGUGACGGCGAAACAGCGGACAGAAGAUACCGAGAAAGAACGUUUGACUGUGUCGAUCCAGCAUUUGCAUCGCUGGCAGGAGACCGAGAUUCGGGAAAUACGUGGUCUUUGUUGUGAAAAUAACAUUCUCUUCGCGACCAUCUACCCGAAUUUGAAGGGUAAGCUAGCGAUCUUGGUUCGUGACUUCCAGCGUCAUGAUGAGAGCCACAAUAAAUCAGUUGCCGAGCAACUUCUUGAUGAAACCAUCUCUGUGCAUUAUGAUGAGCUGCAGACUGUUCUUUUCUUCGAUGCUGAUAAGACGCUCGCCGCGGAUGAUACUGGUGCACGCUUCUGGAAGAGAAUCAAGGAGACAAAAGGCGAAGAUGAUCCGUUAAGCGCACUGUUUGGAGGCCCGCUAGAGUACUCGUAUACCGCAUUUCGACAGGCGAUGUUGUUAUAUGAGGAGUCAACCAUGGACGAUGAAUUUGACUCUAUCUGCGAAGAAGUAGCCACAUACACACAGCUCUAUCCGCAAAUGUUCGCGCUUUUGCACCAAGCGGGAAGGUACAACCAUGUUUGCCCCAUUAUCAUGACCUGUGGACUGCGCCGUGUGUGGGAGAAGAUUAUGGAGAAAGCAGGCCUCUCCAAUGUUAUAAAGGUAGUGGGCGGGAAUCGAAUUACAGACGGGCUUGUCGUGACCCCGUCAGUCAAAGAGAGCUUGGUUACCCGUACACAGCGAGUUCAUGCAGCAUAUACCUGGGCAUUCAGAGAUAGCCCUGUCGACCUGCCGAUGAUGAUUGCUGCUCACCAGGCUAUUGUUGCAGUUGGCGAGCAGCAAAGCCGGAGUAAGAGCAUGGAGCACAAUUUGUUGACUGCAAUGGUGAAUGAUGGGUUGCAAGCUCGCCAGGCUUUGCUACCAAAUGAUUUGUCGCCGCCGCGGCUGGACAUUGUGAGACUGCCAGUUGUCAAUCUCACAGAGAAGUCAUUUCAGGAUUCAAUCUUCCAACCCUACAAGUCCUCUGGUGGCCUACGACUAUACCAUGGUACGGAUAGCAACGCGGCCAAGUUGUUGAGUACUCUGAUGCGAGAUGACAAUAUCCGCGGACCGCCCCAGCAAAAGGCUCAUAGCAAGGCCGGAUCUUAUCUAGCCACAAGAUAUCUGGUCGAGCUCAUCAAUGUCGAGGAGUUCACUAUGCGCCACCCUCAGAAAAAAGAUAUCGCUGGAUACCGGCUGCUCGGAGAGGAGCGAACGUUGAUCGUGCCGCUGAUGCGCGGUGGGCAGCCCAUGGCUUCCGGCGUCAACAAGGUCUUCCCCAAGGCUCAAUUCCUCCACGCCAAAGAACCAAAGGACAUGAAGAAGGAGCAUCUUGAGGGCAUCGUUACCGUCAUCCUGGUCGACUAUGUGAUAAACAGUGGUGGGUCGAUGGUCCAGUUCGUGCGACACAUCCGAGAGAUAGAUAGCGCAGUUCGUAUCAUUAUCGUUGCUGGGGUUGUCCAGGACCAGGCUGUUAGAGGCUGCAGCCCUAUUCGUGCCGUCGCACGUUCCACAGAGCUUACUGUUGUCGCGCUUCGUCUGUCAGGUAAUAAGUAUACUGGCAAGGGAACCACUGACACUGGAAACCGAUUAUUCAACACAACUCACCUGAACUGA